UUGCUCAGAGCAGCGGCCAGGCGAGGAGGGGCAGACAUGUGGCAGGACUUCCUUCAAAAGGCCUGGGAGCACAUCUCAUCCCGGAUCAGGUCUUUUGAAUAUUCUCAGAAGAAUGCAGUCCUCAUCCCUGCAGCCACCCUGGGGGUUGGAGGGAUGCUGGUUUACUGGCUGAGGUCUAGACACAAGGUCAAGACUAUUGAAAUGGGCGAUGGAUGGUGGGGCUCAGGUGAAAGACCCCUAAAAGUGAAAGAAGAUGAAAGUAUCCGUCCCUUCAAGAUUGAAACAUCUGACAAAGAAAUUGAGGACCUGCACCGGCGCCUGGAUCAGGCCCGCUACACACCGCCGCUGGAAGGGGCCACCUUCGACUACGGCUUCAACUCCAUCUACCUGCAGAAGGUAGUGACCUACUGGAGGAACCAGUUCGACUGGCGCAAGCAAGUGGAAGUCCUUAACAAAUACCCCCAUUUCAAAACCACCAUUGAAGGAAUCGAUAUCCAUUUUAUCCACGUGAAGCCCUCCUAUGUCCCUCAUGGUCGAGCUGUUCAACCUCUGCUGAUGGUCCACGGCUGGCCUGGCUCCUUCUACGAGUUCUACAAGAUCAUCCCUCUGCUCACAGAGCCAGCUGGGCACGGCCUGAAUGAGGGUGAUGUGGUGUUUGAGGUCAUCUGCCCCUCCAUUCCAGGCUAUGGCUUCUCAGAGGCACCGCAUCAGAAAGGCUUUGACUCCAUAGCAACUGCUCGGAUAUUUCAUAAGCUGAUGAACAGACUGGGCUUCAAGGAAUACUACCUACAGGGAGGAGACUGGGGAUCUCGUAUUACCACAAACAUGGCCCAGAUGCUGCCACAAUCUGUGAAAGGGCUUCAUCUGAAUCUCGUCUUCAUCAGCAGACAAGGUUUGAGAGGGAUGAUUUCUGUGAUGCUUGGGGCUUAUGUACCAUGGCUUGUAGGCCUCACUAAGGAAGAUGUUAAACGUACAUACCCUUUCAUCCAGAAGAAUAUAUAUACUCUUCUGCGAGAGUCUGGAUACUUACAUAUCCAAGCCACCAAACCAGACACUGCAGGUUGUGGACUGAAUGACUCGCCUGUGGGGCUUGCUGCAUAUAUUUUGGAGAAAUUCUCUACCUGGACAGAUAAAUCAUUUCUGCAGAGAGAUGAUGGAGGCUUGGAAAGCAAAUACACUCUUGAGGAGCUUUUGACCAACGUGAUGAUUUAUUGGGUGACAUCCUCCAUUGUGUCCUCCAUGCGAUACUACAAGGAGAACAUCUCCAAGGACCCUACUCUAUCUCUCCAUGACAGGGUUGGAGUGCAUGUUCCCACAGGGAUUGCAGCUUUUCCUCAGGAGAUAACACAUGCACCCCGUGUCUGGGCAAAGGGUGUCUACAAGAACAUCAUCACUUACUCUUACAUGCCACGUGGAGGGCAUUUUGCUGCCUUUGAGGAACCAAAGCUUCUGGCAAAAGACAUCAUGCAUUUUGUCAGAAAGGUGGAACAGCUGUGA